CAUCGCUUGUACCAUUUAAAUUCACGCGCAGGCGCUUUAGUGUACAUUUUGGACUUGGUUGCACAACCGCGGUGUCUUUUCUUCAUUCUGCUUACAGCUCCCUGCCGGUGUGUGAUAACGCACACGCUUCUCUUUUUCCGUUUUUUCACUCCGACGUUGCUGUGGAAAUGAGUGGGGACCAUUCCCACAACGAGGACCAGAUCGACUGUGGCUCCCGGGUCAAUGAUGCCCACAAACAUAAAGACAAGUACAAAGACAAGGAACACAAACAUAAGGACCACAAGAAGGAUAAAGAACGAGAGAAGUUCAAGCAUGGCAACGGUGAUCAUAAGGAGUCCUCCGAUAAAAAACACAGGGACAAGGAAAAGAUGAAGCACAAAGAUGGCAGCACAGACAAAUUCAAGGACAAGCACAAGGAGAAGCGAAAAGAGGAGAAGAUGAAAUCCCUCGACGGCAAAGUCAAAAAGGAAAAAGAAAACGGCUUUGCCAGCCCUCCACAUGUGAAGUCUGAGCCAGAGGACGACUUUUACCACUCUCCCAAACAAGAAAAAUCUUUAAAAAGAGAACGAGAUGAUGAUAACGACUCUGAAUUCAAGCCCAAGAAAAUAAAAACCGAAAAUGACAAGAAGGGCAAGAAAAGAAAACGGGAGGCCGAGGAGAUCAAUCAAAAAAAGGCCAAAAACAAAAAAGGAGAAGUAGCUGAUGGAAAAAAGAAAGCAAAGAAAGAGCCAGAGGAGAAGUGGAAAUGGUGGGAAGAAGAAAGAUACACAGACGGUGUGAAGUGGAAGUUCCUGGAGCACAAAGGGCCUGUAUUUGCACCGCCCUACGAGCCCGUCCCUAGCCAUGUCAAAUUUUACUAUGAUGGGAAGCCUAUGAAGCUCAGCCCGCAGGCGGAGGAGGUGGCCACGUUCUUUGCGAAGAUGCUGGACCACGAGUACACCACAAAGGACAUCUUCCGUAAAAACUUCUUUAAAGACUGGAGGAAGGAAAUGACUUCAGAGGAAAAGAGUAAAAUCACAGACCUGAAGAAGUGCAACUUCAGUGAAAUGAGCGAGUACUUCAAGGCCCAGUCCGAAGCCCGGAAAGCCAUGUCAAAGGAAGAAAAGCUGAAAAUUAAAGAAGAAAAUGAGCGAAUCCUACAAGAGUACGGCUUCUGUAUAAUGGACAAGCAUAAGGAACGUAUCGCUAACUUUCGCAUCGAGCCGCCGGGCCUGUUCCGCGGGCGUGGAGACCAUCCUAAAAUGGGCAUGUUGAAGCGCCGCAUCAGGCCGCAGGACAUCAUCAUCAACUGCAGCAAGGACUCCAAACACCCCGAGCCCCCCCCAGGCACCAAAUGGAAAGAGGUCCGUCAUGACAACAAAGUGACUUGGCUGGUGUCGUGGACGGAGAACAUCCAAGGCUCCAUCAAAUACAUCAUGCUGAACCCCAGCUCCCGAAUCAAGGGAGAGAAGGAUUGGCAGAAGUAUGAAACAGCUCGCCGGCUGAAGAAGUGCGUGGACCGCAUCCGAGCCCAGUAUCGCGAGGACUGGAAGUCCAAGGAGAUGCGGAUCAGGCAGAGGGCCGUGGCGCUCUACUUCAUCGACAAGCUGGCUCUGAGAGCAGGUAACGAGAAGGAGGAGGGAGAGACCGCGGACACGGUGGGCUGCUGCUCGCUGCGCGUCGAGCACAUCAAGCUCUACCCAGAGAACGACGGGCAGGAGUACGUGGUGGAGUUCGACUUCCUGGGUAAAGACUCGAUUCGCUACUACAACAAAGUCCCUGUGGAGAAGAGGGUGUUUAAGAACCUCCAGUUGUUCAUGGAAAACAAGGAGCCGGACGACGACUUGUUUGAUCGGCUGAAUACCUCCAUCCUGAACAAGCACCUCCAGGAGCUGAUGGACGGUCUGACGGCCAAAGUUUUCCGUACCUACAACGCCUCCAUCACCCUGCAGCAGCAGCUGAAAGAGCUCACCACCGCGGAUGAAAAUAUUCCAGCCAAGAUCUUGUCCUACAACAGAGCCAACCGGGCCGUGGCCAUCCUGUGUAACCAUCAGAGAGCGCCGCCCAAGACGUUUGAGAAGUCCAUGCAGAACCUGCAGACCAAGAUUGAUGCGAAGAGAGACCAGCUUUCUGACGCCAAGAGAGAACUGAAGAGCGCCAAGGCCGACGCCAAAGUACGGAAAGACGAGAAGUCCAAAAAGGCCGUAGAGACCAAGAAGAAGGCGGUUCAGAGGAUAGAGGAGCAGCUGAUGAAGCUGGAGGUGCAGGCGACCGACCGCGAGGAGAACAAGCAGAUCGCCCUCGGCACCUCCAAGCUCAACUAUCUGGACCCUCGCAUCUCCGUGGCUUGGUGUAAGAAGUGGGGCAUUCCCGUCGAAAAGAUCUACAACAAGACCCAGCGUGAGAAGUUUGCCUGGGCCAUCGACAUGGCGGACGAAGACUAUGAAUUUUAAAAUCCCAGUUUGCAGUUUUAACUAUGAUACACAUUUUUAUUUUUUAUUUUUAUUGGAUACUUGUUUUUUAGCUUAACUGAAUUUUACUCGAUGGCGAGGCCUGGACGAAAAAGGAAUUUUAAAGAAUCUGAGCAGGAGAAGCAGCAGCGACGGUGAGGCCGGUCUAAAGUGUCGGGAGGAAGUUGUGGAUAGUCUGAACGUCUGACCUCCGUCACGCUACAUGGCUGAACUAUAUCCACCGCCGAGACUCCAGGCGUAGUCCCCGUAAUUGGAAGGCCCUCUUACCUUUCUGUCCCUGCGACCAUGAGACCUGACAAUGCCUGAACUUUGAACUCUGUGGUCCUAUAGCUACUGUAUCAAGCAAAAAAAAGGAAAAAAAAAAAAAGCUUUGUAUCAUUUUAUUUUCUCUGUUCACUUGCUCUGUAUUUUAGCUCUCCCAUGUAUUAUUAAUGAAUUCUAUAUUUUGAUAAAGUAAAAUUGAGCGGAUUCCUUAAGUACACCCGCGCGCCUUUUAAGAAAAUGGAAAGAUUAGGGUUGUUUUUUUUUUGUUUUUUUUUGUCUGCGCGUGCUUCGUGUGUAUGAGGGCUUCCGCCCUCCGAUGCUGUUGGUUCGGGUGAAUAUUUUAAACUGGACUGUGUUAAAUUGUCGAGAAUGAAAGGAUAUGUCUGAGCAGGCAACAGGAGGAAACACUGCAACCAUGUCAAUAUUUACUUACACAAGCAGAAUGUGAAUAUUUCGUUUUACAGCCUCUGUCAGGGACUUCUUUUUCAGUGUAAAUGUGAACACAUCACUCUGAUCCUUUUUAGUUGCAAGCAUCCUCUGACUCUCUCUACAUAGCCCUGUCUUCAUCUGAUUUUUAGCUUGAUUUCACAAAUGUUCCAAGGAAAAAAAAACAAAACGAAAACAAACCUCCCAUAUCUGUUACUUGAAAAUGAUGCUACGGUAAUAAUGUAUUUGAAGCUUGUAAAUGGAAAAGUGUUUGUCCUCCUCCGGGGGUGAGUUUCUAAGUGACGACUGUGUGAGGGAUAUCAACUUUGCCAAAAAAAAAAAAGGAAGAAAAAAAAAAAAGAAUCACCAAACUGUUACAGUUUUAGACAGGUUUUUAAUUGUGUAAUGAUUGAGGAUAAGGUCAUGUAACAUUUAAUGUGAAUUAUCAGUUCAUUUUAUUCCACUCUGUUCCACUUUUAUGAUAGGAAAGUUGAUGUAAGUAGCUGUAAAGUCAACCUCCUAUUCCUGUUUUACCUUUUUUGUCAUAGCCCUUUGAUCAUGUUUUUAAGUUUUAAGCUCAUUGUAGGUUGAAAAAAACGAAUAAAAUUCAGCAAAUAAA